GUCAGAAAGACACCGGAUCUCUGGGCAGCAGCAGUUACAGUCAGGGUGGCAGGGAGAAAAGUGUUUCAUUCAGACAGAAGAUGUUUCAUUAAAGGAAAGCUGAAGCACACACUAAGAAACACCGAGGCUCGACACUCACAGUGCUUCCACUAGGAAAAGAGAGCAAUCAGAGAUCAGAAUUAAACACAUACACACACACACAUAUAUAUGUAUAUAUAUUGAUAUCCUGGUGGUGGUGCAAAGAGAGAAAGAGAGCGAGAGAGAGUGUGAGAGUGUGUGCAAAGUUUGCUGAGUGGAGAGAAGGCCUGAUCGACCCAAACGAGCAGAGCGCCGUGGUGGAAGGAACCAGCGAGUGGAUGGACGCCUUUUGCAGACUGAGUGGCCUGGACCCUCUGUGGGACUGGAACCGCACCUGGUACACAGCUAACCCCGACCUAACUCAGUGUUUCCAGAACACAGUGCUGGUGUGGGUCCCCUGCGUCUACCUGUGGUUGUUGGUUCCUUUCUACUGUGUUCAUCUCUACUGCCAUGACCGCGGAUGGAUCCAGAUGUCCUGCCUCUGCACUGCCAAGAUGGUGUUGGGUUUCCUGCUGGCCUCAUUCGGUUUUGUUGAGUUCUUCUACAUUCUGCUGGAGAGGAGCCAAGACAUCCAGCACCACAUGGUCUUCCUACUCAGCCCCAUCAUACGUAGCAUGACAGUGAUCCUGGCCUUAUGCAUCAUCCAGUUGGAAAGAAUAAGAGGCUGUCGCUCCUCCGUUUUCCUCUUCUUGUUCUGGGUCUUGUCUGUUGUUUGUUCUCUGGUGCCUCUAAGAGCAAAGAUCCAGCUGGCCAUAGAUGAGGGCAUUGCUUCUGAUAUUGUACGGUACCUCGCCUUCUUCUCCUACUUCUCGAUCCAACUGGCCCAGCUCUUCCUGUGCUGUUUUGCGGAUCAGCCUCCACAAGGAAAACCCGUCUUGGAAAAGAACCCUUGUCCCGUGGAAGAUGCCUCUUUCCUGUCAAAGAUUCUCUUCUGGUGGUUCACUGGGCUCGUCGUCAAAGGGUAUCGCACCCCUCUGGAAGCAGAAGAUCUGUGGACCCUGAGGAAGGAAGACACGUCGCACAAGAUCAUCGCCGAGCUUCAGCAGGACUGGACAGAUGAAUGCGCCAAGCUCCAAAAGCAGCAGAAAGCCUUGGCGUCAGGCGCAGCUCUGGGCAGCCGGCUGCCAGACCAGGCUCAGCUCCUCAGGAAGCUGCAGAAGGAACAGAGCUCUGGCUUUUUCCUGCUGAGGACGCUGGCACGCAAGUUCGGCCCAUACUUCUUGACAGGCACCUUGUGCAUCAUAUUUCAUGACGCCUUCAUGUUCGCCAUCCCUCAGGUCUUGAGUCUUCUUCUGGGCUUCAUGAGGGAUGAAGACGCUCCUCUGUGGAAGGGUUACUUCUACGCCACCUUGAUGUUCCUCCUCUCCUGCCUCCAGUCCCUUUUCAACCACCAGUACAUGUACACCUGCUUCACGGUCGGCAUGAGGGUGAAGACAGCUGUUAUGGGCUUGGUUUACAGGAAGUCUCUGGUGGUAAGCAGCUCUGCCAGGAGGACCUGCACCGUGGGUGAGAUAGUGAAUCUGGUCUCGGCAGACACUCAGAAGCUCAUGGACUUUGUGGUCUACUUUAACGCUGUCUGGCUGGCUCCUAUCGAGAUUGCUCUUUGUCUCUUCUUCCUCUGGCAGCAUCUAGGCCCGUCUGCUUUGGCAGGAAUCACCACUGUCAUUCUCAUUUUUCCGCUCAAUGGAUUCAUUGCAAAGAAAAGGAGCAAGCUCCAGGAGAUCCAAAUGAAGUUCAUGGAUGGCCGCAUCAGACUGAUGAACGAGAUCCUGAAUGGAAUAAAGAUCCUGAAGUUUUAUGCCUGGGAGAAGGCGUUCCUGGAGCAGGUUUUGGGCUACAGAGAGAAAGAGCUCAAGGCCCUGAAAAAAUCUCAGAUUCUUUAUUCCAUCUCCAUCGCCUCAUUCAACUCUUCCUCGUUCUUGAUUGCCUUUACAAUGUUUGGAGUCUAUGUGAUGCUGGACGAGAGAAACGUCCUGGAUGCUCAGAAGGUCUUUGUCUCUAUGGCGCUGAUCAACAUCUUGAAGACUCCACUAAGCCAGCUACCAUUUGCAAUUAGCACAACUAUGCAGGCUCUAGUUUCACUGAGGCGCCUGGGAAAGUACCUGUGCUCAGAGGAACUGAGGGUGGACAAUGUCUCAAAGGCUCCGCUGAGCCCUGAUGGUGAAGAUGUGAUGAUAGAGAGUGGCACUUUCAGCUGGACUCCAGAAGGUCCUCCAUGCCUCAAACGAAUAAAUUUUUGUGUGCCACGAGGCUCCCUAGUUGCUGUGGUUGGACAUGUGGGCAGUGGAAAGUCCUCUUUGUUGUCUGCUAUGCUCGGUGAAACAGAGAAAAGAAGUGGCCAAGUCACUGUCAAGGGCAGCGUAGCAUACGUACCUCAGCAGGCCUGGAUCCAGAACGCCACAGUCCAAGACAACAUCUUAUUUGGCCGUGAAAAGUUGAAAACAUGGUACCAGCGUGUGCUAGAGGCCUGUGCCCUACUACCUGACCUAGACAUCUUACCUGCUGGAGAUGCUACAGAAAUUGGAGAAAAGGGACUUAACCUGUCAGGGGGGCAAAAGCAGAGGGUGAGUCUGGCCAGAGCUGUCUACAGAAAGGCCGAUGUAUACCUGCUGGACGAUCCACUGUCUGCUGUUGAUGCUCAUGUGGGUCAACACAUCUUUGACAGAGUCAUUGGGCCAAAAGGAGUCCUUAGAGACAAGACCCGCAUACUUGUGACCCAUGGUAUGAGCUUCCUGCCGCAGGCUGACCUCAUCCUCGUUCUGGCGGACGGCGAAAUCACAGAAAGCGGCUCUUACCAGGAGCUGCUCAGCCGCCACGGCGCUUUUGCGGACUUCAUUCACACUUUUGCAAGCACAGAACGGAAGGAGAGCGUCAUACAGAGAACUGGCUCAAGAAGAUCCAACGCUCGACUCAGCAUGGUUGACUUCAUGCCUUUUUCUAGAGACUUGUCACAAGAGCAGCUAAUCGGGGGAGACACCACUAAUACCAACCUGCAAAAUAUGGAGCCUGUUUCUGAAACUGACCAGGAUCAGAUACCAGAGGACUUGGGGAAGCUGACUGAGGUGGACAAAGCUCGCACUGGACGAGUGAGGUUGGAGUUGUACAAGAAGUACUUCAAGACCAUCGGGUUGGCCAUCAUCAUUCUCAUCGUCUUCCUUUACGCCUUCCAGCAGGGCGCCUCUCUGGCCUACAACUACUGGCUUAGCAUGUGGGCCGAUGAUCCAGUUAUUAAUGGCACACAGAUUGAUACAGUUCUCAAACUGUCUGUGUUUGGGGCUCUUGGAUUUGUGCAAGGAAUUGCCAUCUUUGGUACCACGGUUGCCAUCUCCAUCUGUGGCAUCCUUGCUUCCAGGCAGCUGCACAUGGACCUGCUGGUCAACGUUCUCCGCUCUCCAAUGUCGUUUUUCGAGUGCACGCCUAGUGGCAACCUCCUGAACCGCUUUGCUAAAGAGAUCGAUGCCAUCGACUGCAUGGUCCCUGAAGGCUUGAAAAUGAUGCUGAGCUAUGUCUUUAAACUUCUGGAAGUCUGCAUCAUUGUGCUGAUGGCGACGCCCUUUGCAGCUGUGAUCAUCCUGCCUCUUGCUUUCCUUUACGCCUUCGUCCAGAGCUUCUACGUCGCCACAUCCUGUCAGCUGCGCCGGCUGGAGGCUGUGAGUCGCUCCCCCAUCUACACCCACUUCAACGAGACUGUGCAGGGUGCCAGCGUAAUCCGAGCCUUCGGGGAGCAGCCCAGGUUCAUUCUGCAGGCUAAUGAAAGGGUCGACUUCAAUCAAACCUCCUACUUUCCCCGCUUUGUCGCCACUCGGUGGCUGGCGGUCAAUCUGGAGUUUGUGGGUAACGUUGUGGUCCUUGCUGCUGCCAUUCUUUCUGUGAUGGGCAGAAGCACUCUGAGUCCAGGCAUUGUCGGUUUGGCUGUGUCACAUUCUCUCCAGGUGACGGGAAUCCUCAGCUGGAUCGUACGGUCCUGGACGGACGUGGAAAAUAACAUUGUUUCUGUGGAGAGAGUCAAUGAGUAUGCUGAUACUCCCAAAGAGGCCAGCUGGAGUACAGAGGGCAGCUCUUUGCCUGUGGCUUGGCCCCAGAGCGGCACCAUUGAGUUACAGGACUAUGGGCUGCAGUACAGGAAAGGCCUGGAGCUCGCUCUAAAAGACAUUACGCUGCAUAUUAACCCAAAAGAGAAGGUUGGAAUUGUGGGUAGAACAGGAGCUGGGAAGUCCUCACUUGCACUGGGAUUCUUUAGGAUCCUCGAGGCUGCAAAGGGAAAGAUCUUUAUUGACGGAGUGAAUAUUGCUGACAUUGGACUCCAUGACCUCAGAUCUCGCAUCACAAUUAUCCCUCAGGAUCCCAUGCUUUUCUCAGGCUCCCUCAGGAUGAACCUGGACCCCUUCGACACCUACACAGACGAAGAAAUUUGGAGCUCUCUGGAGCUUGCUCACCUCAAGACAUUUGUGUCUAAUCUGCCUGAUAAACUCAACUACGAAUGCUCAGAAGGAGGCGAAAACCUCAGCUUGGGUCAGCGCCAGCUAGUCUGCCUGGCCAGGGCCUUGCUGCGGAAAACCAAGAUCCUGGUUUUGGAUGAAGCGACGGCUGCUGUGGAUCUGGAAACGGACACUCUCAUUCAGUCGACAAUCCGCACACAGUUUGAGCACUGCACAGUGCUGACCAUCGCUCACCGACUUAACACUAUCAUGGACUACACAAGGGUGAUUGUCAUGGACAGAGGCCACAUUUCUGAGAUGGACUCUCCAGCCAACCUCAUCUCACAACGGGGACAGUUUUACCGAAUGUGCCUGGAGGCUGGACUGGUUUAGGUCUCCUCGUACCAUUGAACUGAUGGCCUUGAUGUACAGAUGUGGGACCUUUUUUUUGUGGGGCCUUUCAGCAAACAUGAAAUCCUGCCCCUCCAAGCUUUGUGGCAUCUCCAAACUAUUCCAGCAAGGGCAUUGUCGAUGAAUCUCUUGAGCAGCUGCUGACACAGUCCCUUUAAUAUUUGUUUUUCCCAUUUUAAAAACCCAAAGACACCUUGUUCUAAUUCAGGAAGAGACUUUUGAUAACCUCAGAGGACGGACAAUCAAACCAAAGCUCUGGAGGAUUGUUGAGUCCUAAAGCUACAACACAAUGUACAUAGGGAAGAGAAGAUUUAGAAGCCAAAGGCUUGAAGAGUACCACAAAUUUUUAUGAUUUUCAUUCUCUUUAAGGAUGGGAGAUGUAUUAUUUGUGUAUUUUUUGUGUUUUAAAGCACAAGACAUUUAUUGAUGUUGUCUCAGGCGUAGACAUUGAUGUUUACUCAUUCUUUUUAGCCUUCUAUACCAAAAAAGAGGCACUUUUGUACUUGCAAACUGACAGAAGUCUAUAUUUUUGUCUUCUUCUCUUAGAGAUUGGGAUGGGAAAUAUUCUGAUACAUUAACCUUUGCGAGGUUUAUGCUUGCAAAGUUGAGGGCUAUGGGGUUUUCAUAGGCUUCAAAAUUCAAAACUUGAGAUCGUUUUCAUUUUAUAUGUCAGGGAGACGGAGGAAAAAAGACAGUGAAGUAAGCCAAGACAUUAGCUGUGGUCCAACUAUGUUGUGGCUGGUAGUUUAUUUCUGUCAAUGUAAACACAUAAAAAAGGCAACAGACCUUGUUGGUCAGACUUAACCUGAAACCGGUAGUGAAAACCGCCAUGAAUGAAGAGAAUGCCUCUUUAAAACAAUGGUGACACAUCUCUAUGGGAUCGUCACUGCCUACGCCACACAAACUCUGGCCAUACCAGACACAGAGAGCGACAAAAAAAACAGUAUUUUUCUCAAGGUGCUGACAUGAUGGACUGUAAAUAGUCCACACAAGUGUUGAUUCAAGGAAAGAACCCUAUGAACUUUGAAAAGCGAAGAAGCAUUUACUGUUUUUGUCUUACUGGUUUAGACAAUGUGUUUUAAGAGAAGCCCAACUGUUUAUUUAUGUUGUUCGUCAAAAUGUUUUAGUUGUCCUUAAGAUUCUGAGGAAUAUAUUAUAUUUAUACUUUUUAUAAGAAGCCUGUUUAUUUUCACUGACCUUUAAUGUACUGUCGUGUUCUAUAUAAUGCUGGAUAAUAAAGUUUAUUUG